UCAUUGUUCCUCCCCUGCUGGGCUGCUUGGCACAAAGCUAAACCUACAACAGCAUACCGACACAAGAGAUCACACCGGACUUACCUGCCCAUCUGACCACAACCUGCUGGGGGCGGAGGACUGAGAGGACUCCAGACUUUCCCUGCAGAUGUAACGGUCUUUUUUGACAGCUAAUAUCAGCACCGUUAGCGGGCUAAGCUAGCAGGAAGAGCUAACGAUAGUUGGCUAAAACUCCUGCUCCGCUGAGGACGUCCCACUGAAGACUGUUGGACUCCACAGAUCCAGCUAUGUGAGCUGCUCUGAUGUGUGGAUUUCUAAAUCCAUACAGUGCCUGGUUAAGACAGCUUUUAAGCUGGUCUGGAGGAGAAGACCAUUGUUCUGACUUGAACAUCCAACAGGCCUGCAGCUGAUUUGGCUGAACAGGUGUAUGUUGGUCUGGAUUGUAGCCUAACUCCUCCGAGCAGCCUCCUCCCCUCCGUUCCCUCUGCUCUCACCGUAGGACUACUAUGCCUCUGGGCUUGGGAAGAAGGAAGAAGGCGUCCCCGCUAGUCGAGAACGAAGAAGCAGAGCCCAUCCGUGCAGGCCUCAAUGUGGCAGGUAUGGAAGGUCUAGAUGGAGGCGUUGUUGGGCUGGGAGAAGGUGCCACCUCUGAAGGCCUGCCUCCUCCACCCAACAGCAUGCGACCUCGCCUCAUUUUCCACACCCAGCUUGCUCAUGGCAGCCCCACGGGCCGCAUCGAGGGCUUCAGUAAUGUGCGGGAGCUCUAUGCCAAGAUUGGCGAAGCCUUUGGGAUACCACCAUCUGAGGUUAUGUUUUGCACGCUGAACACUCACAAGGUGGACAUGGAUAAACUGCUGGGAGGUCAAAUUGGGCUAGAGGACUUUAUUUUUGCCCACAUUAAAGGUCAGCGCAAGGAAAUAGAGGUGUACAAAGGAGAGGAUGCACUAGGGUUGACGAUCACUGAUAAUGGAGCCGGCUACGCUUUCAUCAAGAGGAUCCGAGAGGGGAGCAUUAUCCACCAGAUUCAGGUCAUCAAUGUGGGUGAUAUGAUCGAAUCUAUCAACGGCCAUCGCCUUAUUGGCUGUCGACACUAUGAAGUGGCCAAGAUGCUGAAGGAGCUCCCAAAGGGAAAGGAUUUCACCAUCAAGCUAACGGAGCCUCUCAAAGCCUUUGAUAUGAUCAGCCAGAGGUCUGGAGGGUCGAGGUCGGCGUCAGGGGUUCAGCUGGGGACUGGCAGAGGAACCCUUCGGCUGCGCUCUAAAGGUCCUGCUACUGUGGAAGAACUGCCAUCUGCAUUUGAGGAAAAGGCCAUAGAGAAGGUGGAUGACCUGCUUGAGAGCUACAUGGGAAUCAGAGACAGUGAGCUGGCGGCUACCAUGGUGGAGCUGGGAAAAGACAAAAAGAACCCAGAUGAAUUUGCUGAGGCUUUAGACGAAACCUUGGGAGACUUUGCCUUCCCUGAUGAGUUUGUUUUCGACGUCUGGGGUGCCAUCGGCGAUGCUAAAGUUGGCCGGGUGUAAAGACAGAAACUAAUGGAGCGGAGCGACCUGCGUGUCCGUUACACCCAUGACAUUCAGCACUACUAGAAAACACAACACUACCGUCAUGAGUUUGUUUUUAUUCCAGUGUAUACUCCUUCUAUUUUUGUGAGUUCGUACCCCAUUGGGAGACUCUGUCUAGACAAAAAGGAUAAUCCAGUAAAUUGGAGAGGAAGGUGACUGCGAUGACUUCCGAAGUGCUUUUAUUUGUCUUCCAGCUUUUUCCAGAAACUACGAGCACGCUGAUGAGCAUUUCUGUUGACCGCAUCACAUGAACCUGCAUGUCUUUGUUGUAGUUACCAGCAGUGGAACAUGUACAGCACAGGUUUCUAAAAUGGGAGAAAUUAAAGACAAUGGCUAACACAAAGUAGAUCUUUGACAUUUAGCGAAACUAAUUUUUUCCACAUUGCACUGUGUUGCACUGCGCUGUCAACCAACAACAGAAGUGAACGUAGAUUGCACUGUACCUCACCUGGUGAGUUAUUGCACAGUACAAGGCGUCGGCCUCCCCGAAGUACAGUGUUGUCCUGAACCACUUGAUGUUACUGUCAUGGAUCAGUUUUACAAGCAUGUGCUGUUCUAUUUUUAUCUUCGAAAUGAAUUCUGCUGAUUUUAUGUUUUUUUUUUGUUUGUUUCUUUUGGGUUUUUUUUAGAUAAAAGUAUAAAAAAAUGUGAUGGCAGAGGGGUCCUAGUAAAUUGUAGCUCCUGACUAAAAAGAUGAGUGGUGUUUGUUCACCAUUAACACACUCCAUGCUGUAAUGAACAUAACUGUGCAAACAGCUGCACAUUCCUGUCUUUCAUGCAUUCGACAGUGUUGAAGAAAAUCAGUGUUAAUUUUCUUUUAUUGAAGGUGGUUAUGUGAGGACGAGAAGCAGAUUGCUUUCCAGGUUUGUGGAUUGUGUCGACUUGUUAUUUUUUUUUUUAUAGCUAGUGUUUUUUAUAUGAAGUGAUGUGAUGUCUAUUUUAAAAUGAGGGUUGCGUAACAGAUGAAGAAUUUGAUUUUGUGUUGCAAUUACUUUAUCACAGAGAGCAGUAUUAAAGAAGUGAAAGUGAAGAGACGGGAGUAGCUGUGUUUAAAAAAAAAAGAAAAAAGGAUGGAUGUCUUUAGAACAAAAUGCCUUCAUUUCUUCUUAUUUUAUAUAUUUUGUUAGAAGUCUGCAUUCUGGUGUGUUUUGUAGAAAAACAAAUAUGCUGUCAUUGGAGCAGAGUGAGACCAAAUGACUUCCAUCGUGCUGCAGUCUCUUGCAUUGUUCAUGGAAAGCAAAAAAAAAAAAAAAAAAAUACAAGCACCAACUACUCAGUUUAGGUAAACACACGUCUUAAAAACUGUGGGUGUUAACCUUUUCAGUGUAUCCAAAUGUAUGAAGCUAUUUUGUAGUUUUGUUUCAGAGAUAAUGAAUAUCUAAAUGUAAUGAAACUGAUGCUAGAACACUGUAACAUUAAGAAGAAAACAUUAUUUUGAUGGCUUUGUAUUACACUGAUGUCGAUGUCCAAAUAUAAUGCAAUAAUAACAUCCA